UAAUAGGCCCAUUUCCGGCCCAACAUUCUCUCAUAUUCUCUCUCUCUCUCUCUCUCGUUAUUUUCUGGUACUACUUUUCCGACUCAUUUUCCAUUUUCCCGGAAAAAAGUUUCCUCCUUUUUAAUUUGAUCAUCGAAAUUCAUGUCGGACAAGGGCAGGCCUCUCCCAAAAUUUGGUGAAUGGGAUGUCAAUGAUCCUGCUUCAGCAGAAGGGUUUACUGUGAUAUUUAACAAGGCUAGGGAUGAAAAAAAGACAGGUGGAAAACCUGAGUCACCAAGCAAGGCGGAGCAGAAUAAUGUCAGGCCUGGAGUGGAACCUGGAAGGCCAUCAUCUAAAAAAUGGUUUUGCUGCAUGGCCCAACCACCCACACAAUCUUGACGAGGUCCCUCCUACAUAUAAGAGCCUUCAACUGAAGAGCCUGUUCUGUAACUGGCUCCACCAUAUUUUUCCAAAGAUAGGAGCUGUAUAGCAGUGAUGGAUUUAUUGUGUGGCGAAAAGCUUUGUGAUGGGAGGAGUAAAGAAGACAAAUACUUAUUGUAUCUAUAUUGUCUGAUGUGAUUUUUAUUAGAUGCCAAUCUGUUUCAGUCUUUUUCUUACCUAUGCUACACACUUUAGAGCUUUGCUUAUGACAUUCUUUUCUUCCCUCAUUGUAUUAUCAAACUGGUCUUGUUUGUGAAAUGAUUUUUCUUU